UUGUGAGAUUUCAUGAAAAUAGAAAGAGUUAUCACAUACAUAUUUUUCUUGUUGAUUGCAUAUGAUGUUUUAAGACCUGUACCAUAAAUUCAGUAGAAGACAUAAUAAUAAUAAGAAGAAUCUUAAACUGAAUAAACAUAAACACAUUAAGAGUAGGAUUUGUAAAAAGAAAGAACAAUUUAAGAAGAUAUUGAUUUAGAAAAUGCAGAAUACAUUGAAUCAACAUUACCAAUAAAUAUUGAAAUAUUUUAUUGUAAUCGUACAGGAUUACAUACAUAAUAUUAAGAAUUGGAAAGGAAUAUCUAUUUAACAUUUCCAAGAAAUAAAAAUUUGAAUGUAAAUCCAGGAGAAUAUCCAGUGCCAGAAAUAAAUUAAUAAUUAUCAAAGGUUAUUAAAUAACAAAUGAUAUUUUUAGUUUGUUAAUUAUGGUUAAUAUGCAUUGAUGGCAGCUAUGUUUUUCCAUAAAUAAUUAUUUGGAAUGUUAUCUAUACCUGUACCUUCAAUAGUUGAAAAAAUAGUGGAAAAGAAAAUGUUUGUUUUGAUUGGAGCAAUUUUCCUUGUCCAAUAAAUACAAAAUUCUCUUCUUACAACAGGUAAAAUGAUGGUGUAUGUGGAUUCAAAACUAAUUUUGGAUUAAGCAGCUCCCAUAUAAGCAGAUUAAGUGUUUUAAUUAAUAAAAACUGAGUUAUUAUAAUUAUAAUGAAACCAAUAUUUCGUGGA